AUGCUUCUCGACGGAGCCUCCGCUGGUUCCGUUCCAACAAGGCGGCCGCUGCGAAGGCUCGAUGGCGGUUGGCGUUUGCAGCAGCAGCAGCAGCAACAGCAGCCACAGCAGCAACAGCAGCAGCAGCAGCAGCAGCAAAACGCGAAGCAGCAAACGGGACUCUCCCGUUUGUUCUUUGUCUCCCCCCUCAACUACUUUUUCAGAUUACACGGCAGUGGCGAGGAAGGCAGCAGGAGGGGCUUGGGGAUCUCUGAAGCAGACGCGCAGCAGCAGCAGCAGCAGCAACAGCUGCAGCAGCUGCAGCAGCUGCAGCAACACGAGCUGCUGCUGCUGCACGCCCAGGAGCAGCAGCAGCAGGCUCAGGCCCAUCGGCUGCACCGAAUAGAGCCGCGGCCCCCGCCGCUGCUGCAGCAGGAGCUGCAGCAAGAUGAGCAGCAGCAGCAGCAGCAGCAGCAGCAGCAGCAGCUGGCCACCAAAUAUGACUUUUUAACAACUCCAGAAGGCGUCUGCUGCUUAAAGACCCCCGCCAGCACCUGCGACAGCGACAGCAUCCACCCCGAGGAUGAAGCAGCAGCAGCAGCAGCAGCAGCAGCAGCAGCAGCAGCAGCAGCAGCAGCAGCAGCAGCAGAGGGCGAGGGCAGCAGGCUACCAGCAGCAGCAGCAGAGCAGCUCCUGGCCCCAGCAAGACUAAGACAUCUUUCACCUUCUUGCUGGGUACUGCCCCUUCACAGUCCGGGGGCCCCCGAGGGGGCCCCCCUGAGGGGCCCCCUAAAGGGCCCCCUGGGGGCCCCCCUGGAGGCCCCCUUGGAGGCCCCCCUGGGGGCCCCCCUGGGGGCCCCCGCCCAGGGGGGCCCCCUGGGGGCCCCCCGGGGGGCCCCGCUGGGGGCCCCUCGGGGGGCCCCCUUAUCUCUGCCGCCAAGUCCUGCGGCUUCUUGUCUCUUCUCAGUCUCAGAAGACGGGGGCCCCCCCUCGGGGCCCCUAGGGUCCCCCUUGGGGGCCCCCGGGGGCCCCCUAGGGGACUAUAGGGAUUCAGGAACUCUACAAAAAGAAGGGCCCCCCAGCCCCUGCUGCGGGGCCCCCGGGGCCCCCGGGGCCCCGGGGGCCCCCGGGGCCCCCGGGGGGCCCCCCGGGGGCCCCCCUGAUGGGGAAGAAAGUUCAACAGCAUUUUGUGAGUCUCCAUUAUCUGCUGCGACGCGGUGUACGUACAGUCCACCGGACACGCCGUUGACAGCAGCAGCAGCAGCAGCAGCAGCAGCAGACGAAGACGCAGACAGCAGCAUUUUCUCUCCCUUUUCCCCCCUAGGGGACGCAGCAGCAGAGGGGCCCCCAGACCCUUUUCCAUUCUCCAAAGGGGGCCCCCAGGAGGGGGGCCCCCAAGAGGGGGGCCCCCAGGAGGGGGGCCCCCAGAAGGGGGGCCCCCAGGACGGGGGGGCCCCCGGGGGGCCCCUAGAGGGCCCCAAAGGGGCGCCUUGGGACCUGCUGCAGCAGCUGCAGCAGCUGCCUGCUGCUGCUGCUGCUGAGAGCGGCGAGGAGCCGACGGAGACAGAAGAAAAAGCUGAAAAGGAAAAAGAAAAAAAGAAAAUCAAAAAAACAAAAGGAGAGACAUUUGACCCUCUUCUAGCAGAUUUAGAGCUCGCGGUCCGCCACAUGUGCUGGAGUUGGAGGCCCCAAGGGCCCCCGGGGGCCCCGGGGGCCCCGGGGGCCCCGGGGGCCCCAGGGGCCCCGGGGGCCCCAGGGGCCCUGGGGGCCCCGGGGGCCCCGGGGGCCCCGGGGGCCCUGGGGGCCCCGGGGGCCCCAGAGGUCUUGGGGGCCCCAGAGGUUCUGGGGGCCCCAGGGGCCCCCGCGGGAGAUGGGGGGCCCCUUCAGUUUCAGCGGUGCGCGCCUGCCAGCUGUACAGACACCCCAAGACAUUGCUGGAACCAGCAGCAGCAGCAGCAGCAGCAGCAGCAGCAGCAGCAGCAGCAGCAGCAGCAGCAAAGACAACUGAGCGGUUUUUUCUCCGCGCCUGCUGCUGAAGCGUGGCCAGGGGCCCCCCCCUCCCAGCCUGCUGCUGCUCCCGUGUGGGGCCCCCGUUUGCUGCUGCAUGCAAAGGGGGGGGAGGGGGGCCCCCAGGGGCCCCCAUUGAACUCGAAGUGGCAGAAGCAAAUGUUGGCGGACUGCACAUCUGCUGCAGCUGUGGGGCUUUGA